CCGUUGGAGGACAGUCUGUGUGAACUCGGGAGGGGAAGCGCCGCGCUGUUAAAACUCUGGGAUUUACACUCUGCCAUUUUGAGCAAAACCCGGCCGAUGUAGGAGUUCAGACGUGUCCGUCACCCAGAAGUCAUGACCUGAACCAAGAGCACCGCCGCUGUGAAUCUAGGAGAAGGCCUCUGAAUUAGGGGACAGCUAAUUCAACAAAGGAAGAACUGUUGUUUUGAACCACUCAGCAGAUCCCUUCAGCCAUGUGCUCCACAAAUCAUUCGAACUGGGUCACAUUUGAAGAUGACAACACGCUGCUCUCAUCACCUCAGAAGCCCCUACAGUCACCCGGGCUUAUCAAAGCAUCAAUACCACGUCCUAAUGGUCUGAAAUUAGUGCUGCCUCCAAUCAGAGACACUUCCUGGAGCUUCAGUAGUUCCCUGGAAUCUCCUCAAAGCCACUCAAGUCUUAGUGGAAGUUCCUGUGUACCAUGUAACACACCCUUUUGCACUCCUGUGAGUGGGGUUCCUAGCAGCUCGUCCCCAUUACACUCUAACACGAAGGAAAAAAACAACUUUUUCCAGAGUUUGUCAAGCACAUCUCCCACCACUGUGUCUUCUCCUGCACCGGAGGCCCUUAAUCAAACCUCAGAUGGACCAAGCCCUUUCCCCUCUUUCCAGGGGAACUCAGGACACUUUAACCCCUUCUGGGACGGACCAAGAUACAGUGAAGAUGUGGGCAGCUCCUCCUCAGACUCAGAUACUGACAACAGCCUACCACGUUUCUUUAUUCGGACCAAAGAUGGCAGUGAGCCACCGCGUGACCAACUCCAGAACUCCUUUUCCUAUGUUUGCCACAAGCUGGAAGGCCUACGAGCAGAAACGGACCACGAAACAGAGAGAGAAAAAGAUGGGGAGAGACGACUAAGUUGCAUGAAUGAAGUGUUAAGCGAGGGUUCAUCCCAGUUUGUUCCUCGGGGCCUUUUUCGUAGUCAGAAGAGAGACGGCUGGUCUGUCAUGCUCAGGAUUCCAGAAAAAAAGAACCGCAUGUCCUCUCGGCAGUGGGGGCCGAUCUACCUCCGCUUGUUGCCAGGAGGUGUGCUGCAGAUGUAUUAUGAGAAAGGUCUGGAGAAGCCAUUCAAAGAGUUCCAGCUUCUCCCUCAAUGCAGGCUCUCAGACCUUAAACUGGAAACCUAUGGCGAGCCCCGUAAAGUCCUUACAGUCAAGGUGGAACAUUUCUCCUACACAGAAAAGAAACGCUAUCAUCCAAAGUUGGAGGUUAGUCAUGACGCAGAGGUAGAGCAGCUGCUCAAGUUUGGCUCCACAGUGCAUGAUGAGAUGGAAGACCUGGUAGUCUCUAUGGAAGAGGAGAUCUUCAAACUGUGUUUGCCCCACCAACAGAGGCGCCACUACGAGGAGCAGGAACUAUCGUUGCAGAUAACUGAUCACAUCUGGAUACAACUGGAUAAGUUUGGGGGAGUCAUAGAGCGGACGGCCUUCACCCAGAUUCACUGCCUUGCUUUUCUGAACGGACUAGGGGACUGUUUUCUGGCUCUUAAUGACCUUGGUUUGCUGCACUUUAAUUCCAGCUACGGGUCAGAGGAGGACAAUGAACUCUGGAUGGAGAUUGCAGACUGUCAAUUUCACAAAUGUGUGAAUGAGACAGAGUUUCAGAGGUCCCGGCUGAUUAAAUUCUCACCUCCUGAUGCAUGCAGAGUGGAGCUGAUGCGGUACAAAACAACAGUCUUGGGUUGCACAGAAAUUCCUUUCUCAAUCAAAGCUGUGGUCACAGUUCAAGGUGCCUAUGUGGAGCUCCAAGCCUUUCUCAACAUGUCUUCCACCUUCCUUUCCUCCAUGAGGCGGUCUGACCCUCAUUACCCGCUGUGUGAGAAUGUAGUCAUUCGUGUGCCAGUGCCAGGCGACUGGGUCAAAGUGACACAGACGGUGGCUUUACUGCGACAGAGGUCCCUGAAGGCACGAAUGAACAGAAACGCCUGCUUGGGCGCCGUCACCGCUACAGAUUCACAGCCUGUCAUGCAGGUGUCAAUCGGCACUGUCAAGUACGAGAAUGUAUACUCCGCCAUUGUGUGGAAGAUCGACAGACUGCCAGCAAAGAAUACAGCGGUGGAUCAUCCCCAUUCAUUUUCCUGCAAACUGGAGCUGGGAUCUGAUCAGGAGAUCCCAAAUGACUGGUACCCUUUUGUCACAAUGGAAUGUGAAAUUAUGGGCGCUGUUGUGUCACAGACCAGGAUUAAGUCCCUAGGCACUGUGAAUGACAUCCAGCCACAGAAACAUGUGACCAGCUGGACACGCUAUCAUUGUCAGGCCAAACUCUACUUGUCCAUUAUUGAUGAUGUGAUUGACAGUAUGAGGGAGCUCUUCCUGGAUGAAGGGCUUGAAGAUAGGGUCCUGGACGACUUGAGACACCUCUGGGAGUCAAAGAUGAUGCAGUCAAAAGCAAUGGAAGACUUCAGGAACAACAAUAUCAACUCAUCCAACUUUGUGCUCCAGCUCCCUGCCAGCUACAGUCAGAAUGAUCAGGAGCUCACAGCUUCAGUUGUCAUCCCUGCCAGUCAGAAUGUCCACAGCUUCCCAGUAAAGAACAGUUCAGAGACACUUGCUACUUUUUCUCUCCCUGCUGCGUUAGCUUACCCCGUGCAGAUACCAGCAGGAGUCACAUUACAAACAGCCUCCGGUCAACUUUACAAAGUCAAUGUUCCUGUUGUGGUUACUCAGGCCCCGGCGGGUCAGCAGCCUGUUUCCCAACCCACACAGAAAGUCACUGAAAGGAGAGAAGCUCCUGCAUCCCAGCCAGCUGCAGUCCAACCACAUCCCAUUCUUCCUCAUGAAGUAGAGCCGUCCUCUGUUCCAGCCUCUUCUGUCACACAGCCAAAGACCAGUUUAGCCCCAAGUCAGGAGAGCUGCCUUCCCCAGCUCUCUCCAGAGCCCGAGGGCAUGCUGGCAGAAACUGAGCCGAGUCCACAACCCGAACCUGUGAACCUCAGUAUGACCGCCUCACCCGGCACUCAGUUAUUAGACUUCCAGAUCAGCGCCAAGGAGGUUUUGACACAGACGGCACAGACCAGAGACGUCGAUGACAUCCUGAAACAGGCCAUCGAGGAGGAGAGAGGGAAAGCGGAACGGCUGGACCUGGGCUACAGCUACAGCGACCUGUCAGACAUCGUUCAGCUGGAUGGCCCUGCAGACAGCUCGGACCUCGAGGAGGGAGACGGGGUUCCCCUGGAAGAGAAUGACUUUCUGGGUAUAAUCAAUGCAGAGGCCAUAAAGGCCCUGCAGGAAGGAAAUGGAAGCAGUGAUGGUAACAGCAUCUCCUCCAGCAGUGACAGCGAGGGAGCAGAUGAUCUCGCUGAUGUAGAGGAGGAGGACCCUCUGAAUUCAGGUGAUGACGUGAUUGAGCAAGACAUCCCAGAUCUCUUUGACACUGACAAUGUAAUUGUUUGCCAGUAUGACAAAAUUCACCGCAGUAAGAACCGCUGGAAGUUUCAUCUGAAAGAUGGAGUGAUGUGUUACAGAGGCAGGGACUACGUAUUCUCUAAAGCUGUCGGAGAAGCAGAGUGGUAAUGAGCUUUGGUCCUCCUGAACAUAUCAGAUUAUCAUGCUGAAAAAGGAAACGCUAGUUUGAAAGGGGAAGACAAUCAGUAAAUUUAGGCCUCUUGGUGGUGGUUUAAUUUGGCUCACAGAGCAGGCAGUUAAGACACCACUGUGCAAAAUUACUGAUACUUGUUUUUUUCGUUAUGUAAUUAUCAGAGCAAUACCGCAAGUCAUUUAUGAUGUUACAGCCAAUUACUUACAGUAUUGCUUGUGAAUCCAAUUUACUGAAACAAACAGCAUGAAUUUGUGUUGUAUUAUAUUGUGAUGAAAACAGUUUUCUUUAUUAGUGGAGCAAAACAUUGUUUGACUUCGAAUACGUUUUCUUCUGUCAUGAACAUGAUUCUUUGAAGAUAUCUAACAUGCUGUUUGAUUUUCAAACAUUCUGAUGUCUUUAAUUACGCUUCAAACACGCAGCACUGUUGUGCUUCAUUCAGUGAAUCCUUUUGUUCAAUGCAAAUUUGUACAAAGCUUGUGUUACCUUCUUGUCAUUAUCAGUUUUUAUAAGUAAUCAAGACCUUUUUUUUCAUGUCACUGCAGAAGCUAAACUAUCCCCUCUAGCCUGCUAUAUAAAAAUUAAUUUGAGGAUGAUCAAAUGAAAUUAUAAAUACCAGCACGCAACCUAAUUUUGAUUAUUUUUUGACUGCGGUGUGCGUACACCCUAAAUGAGCUUGUAACAGCUCUGUGAAAAAAAUCUAAAUAAUAUGGACAGUGGUAUGAUAUCUCCUAGAACAAUCCACUAAGGAAAAACAUCAGUAACACAGUUUACAGUGCAAUUUAGUUGAAUCGGGUGAAGAUAAAAGACUUACUGGCUCAAAGAAGAAAAGGGAAGAAAAUAUGACUAAGGUAAACAAGGCAGUAAUGAUUAGGUGUUUUCAAGGAAAGAAGAGGUAAAUUGUACUUGUAUGCUAUUUUGGAUUUGCAAAGGAACAAAACUAGGGUGCUGAAGUUAGGAGGAAUAUAAUAUUAUUGUUAUUAUUACAAAUGUUAUAUUACAGCCAACAUUCCUUAAUCUUUUGAUUGAGGAAUGUUUGCCUUUGGUAGACUGCUACACCCCACUAGGGAUUUAUUUCUGUCUUAUUUCAUACUUAAAUCUGUCUCCCACUAAGAGACUGUCUCCCACUUUUAUUAGGUUCCUAGCAUGUAUGUUAAUGAGGCACUGUAGCUCACUACAGGUAUGAUUGAGUAGAAAAUAAACACGCAGCUAUGGAA